AUGAGGAGUGGCGUAGGGAAGGUAGUUUGCGUCACCGGUGCUUCUGGUUUCAUUGCUUCUUGGAUAGUCAAAUUCCUUCUUCAACAUGGUUACACUGUCAGAGCCACUGUUCGCGAUCCGAGUAAUCCGAAAAAGGUGUCACAUUUGGCUAACCUUGAGGGCGCGAAAGAGAGGCUGCAUCUGUUUAAAGCGGAUUUGUUGGAAGAAGGUUCGUUCGACUCCGUUGUGGAAGGUUGCCACGGUGUUUUUCAUACUGCUUCACCUGUCCGUUUUAAAGUCAACGACCCACAGGCUGAAUUGAUUGAUCCAGCAGUGAAGGGAACCCUUAAUGUUCUCAAAUCAUGUGCAAAAUCGCCAUCUGUGGAUCGGGUGGUCUUAACUUCUUCUAUGUCUGCAGUUGCAUUUAAUCGAAGACCUAAAAUUCCUGAAACAGUGAUUGAUGAGACUUGGUUUUCAGAUCCAGAUUUCUGUAGGGAAUUAGAGUUGUGGUACACGCUUUCAAAGACUUUGUCUGAGGAUGCUGCCUGGAAAUUUGUAAAUGAAAACAACAUUGACAUGAUUGUUAUUAACCCAACAAUGGUGGCAGGACCCCUCUUACAAGCAGAGAUUAAUGAAAGCGUUGAACCAAUUUUGAACAUAAUAAAUGGUAAACCAUUUCCAAAUAAAUCUUCUGGGUGGGUCGAUGUGAAAGAUGUUGCCAACGCUCAUAUUCUGGCUUAUGAGAUUGCUUCAGCUACUGGAAGAUACUGUUUGAGUGAGAGAGUCGUACACUACUCUGAACUUGUUAGGAUAUUACGUGAUCUGUACCCUACGUUACAAAUUCCAGACAAGUAA